AUGAACAAUUCCCUGGAUUACCUGGCCUACCCUGUUAUCGUCUCUAAUCACAGGCAAAGUACAACCUUCAGGAAGAAACUGGACUUUGGCCAUUACGUAUUGCACAAGAAUAGAGUACAAAUAGUGAAGCCGACUGUUGAUACCAGACCGCCAAUGGCGCACACACAUCACAUUCUAAAACUGAGCAAACUCCAGGGUGAACAAAAGAGAAUCGACAAAAUUGAAUAUGAAAAUAAACAACUAUGCCAGAAAAUUGCCAACGCCCAUCGCGGCCCUGCCAAGGUGGACUGCUGGAAUGAGUAUCUUUCAAAAAGCUUAAACAGAGAAGCAAGGAACCGAGAGCUAGUGAGAAUCACCAUGGAAAACCAGGGCAUCCUAAAGAGGCUGGGUGACCGCAAACCCCACUAUGACCGCAGGGCAUCGGAGGUGGACUGGCAGAAUUCAAGACGCUAUAUCAGAAAUACAACAAGAUAUCUUCUCUCCCACGAAGAAUAG